GGCAUGUGGGUGCACUUCGGAGUCCCCGCGCUUGCAUCCACUUCUCCGCGUGCACCGCCUCUAUACGAGCAGCGUGCAGCAUCCAGCCAGAGUGGAAUUGGGACUUUUACGCACUGAUCUAAAGAAUAGGCUUUUUUUAAAUUAUUAUUUUUGUUUUUAAAAGGGGGAUUUGUACUUGGUGUGUUUGAGAGAGAAGAUUAAGUUUCUCUUGAGGCGUCGCAGUGGAUGCGCGUAACACGGUGAGGUUAUGCUGAUCGAUUGCUUAGAAGAAAAAAAGGAUGCGCCCACUUACGCACGGGGUGGAAGGAUUUCAGCCCGGGACACACCUCGGAUUGUGAUGACCGCAUCUUGGGCUCGUGAGUGCUUUUCCGGCAUGCAUCCGCGCCGCACGCCCUGAACUCGACGCCAUCGAUACACUCACAUUCCAAGGCAAGAUUGAGAGGAGAAGGGGGGGACAUGAGCGAAAACUGCAAGCCCGCUAAAGAGGCCGGCUCGGCGCAGAGCCCUCCAUCGGAUGUGAUCGAGCUGAAUGUUGGGGGGCAGGUGUACUACACUCGCCACGCCACCUUGACCGCCUUCCCGAAUUCCCUACUCGGGAAGCUGUUCUCCAACAAGAAGGGCUCCUGCAACGACCUGUCCCGGGACUUUAGAGGACGUUACUUCAUCGACAGAGAUGGCUUUUUGUUCCGGUACGUAUUGGAUUACUUGCGGGACAAGCAAGUCGUCCUGCCGGACCACUUCCCCGAGAGAGGAAGGUUGAAACGGGAGGCGGAAUACUUCCAGCUGCCGGAUUUAGCCAAACUUUUAUCGUCCGAGGAGUCCAAACUCUUCCCGGACGACUACAGCGAUUUGGACGAUGCGUCCGUGGGCAGCGAGCACAGGUUUUAUCCGUCUUACUCUCUAGACAGGAGGUACGGCUACAUCACGGUGGCUCUCAAAGGAGCGGCGGCAGCCAAAGAAAGCGAGCCCGACUCCAAGAGUAGAAAGUCGCCGAGGAUCUUCAUCAGCAGCAGGAUCGCGUUGGCCAAGGAGGUCUUCGGAGACGCGCUCAACGAGAACAGAGACGCGGACCGACCCCCGGACCGCUAUACGUGCAGGUUUUACCUCAAGUUCAAGCACCCGGAGAGGGCGUUUGACAUGCUGUCAGAGAGCGGCUUUCACAUCGUGGCCUGCAACUCCUCCUUGACCGCCGCCUCUGUCGCUCGUUACGCGGAAGACACGCUCUGGUCCAAUUACGCGCAGUACAUCUUCUACCGUGGGCCCUCACAGUGGUCAUCCUCACACUGCGAUUGCUGCUGCAAAAGCCACAAAAGUGAGCGCGAGGGAGAGAGCGGCACUUCCUUCAACGAGCUCUCCACUUCCUGCUCCGAGACCCAGUCGGAGGCCAGUUCCCCUCAGGGGACCGUCAUCUGUGGUCCGGUUACUCGACGCCCCAACAUCCAGUCGCUGGACCGACCCAUGCAUAAAGGGCCCGCUCACAUGAUGCAGCAGGCAGAGAUGCGUCGUAAGACUGACAUGCUGCGCGGCAGGACCUUCGGAGUCCGUGAGCGAGAGGCUGCCAAGAGGAAAGCCAAUAAGGAGAAGAUGACACCCGAGCAGGAGCUGGAGAAAUGCAUCCAGGACUUCCAUCGCAUUAGGAUUCCCGAUCGCUUUCCGGAGCGGAAGUACAUGUGGCAAUCGGAGCUUUUGAGAAAAUACCGUCUCUGAAUAUGGAGUGGAGGGCAGCCUCAUGUCACCAGGUUAUAGUGUCACCAGGUUAUAGUGAGACACAAACUAUGCUAUUACAAAUUAUUUUGUCCACCCAAAAGUAAAGCUUGGAAUUUUGAAAUUUUCAGUAUUCGGGCUUAAAACUGCUCCACAAUGUUAUGCAUCCCCACCAUAAAUACACGAGCACACAACUCUGAGUUCGUCUGUGAGGUGAAACAGAUCCCUCCCUGUUGACAUUUUAAAGUAUCUGUCGACCUCUCGAGAGCGUCCGAAUGGAAAGUGUGCAUCACAAGCACCAUUCAAAGCGAACACUAUUUUUAGCACGAUUCUGAAGAGUCGCACAAUAAGUACAAGGCAGUGUGAGUCAUUGAUUUGUAAAGUGUACCACUGUGUAUGAUAUGCACACGUGUAAAUCAGGUUACUCCUGUCGGGGGGCUUACAUCACUAUUCUCUUCAUGUUGGAGGUGAUCUGAAGCAACAAAGCAACCUCAGGGGCAACAUCUUGUCAAGCUAUCACAUUAUCGACGCGCUCUCAAUUGGAGAUGGUGCUUUGAGUUCACUAUAGUCCACGGACAACACAAACUUGUCGUAGGCCUUGACAAUGGCACCGCAUGUCAUCUCACUCUUAUCAUAAUUGUGUAAUAUCACAAAAGAUGGAGUGGUCGGAUUGAGAAAGCACUGCCUGGUUGUGUCUGCCACUGUAAAACAUUUUGUCUCAUGUCAUUGUUGGGUUGAUGAUGCUGUGUACACGUAACACAAGUGGCUAUUGGAUUAAUCUUGUACGUGUGAAUAAAUACAAAUAAAAGGGUAAUGAUUGUAUGGGCUGAUCGUGAACCUUCUUAGUUGCAGGCACUGAAUCA